AUGGCGCCCCCAAGGGAUAUAGACAGCAUCACCAGCCUCAUCCACCAUCACGUCCCUGAAGCCAAACUGAUCGAGACGAUAGGCCAGGAGUUGACCUACCUGCUCCCCAAUAAAGGCUUCAAACAUCGAGCGUACGCUAGCCUGUUUAGGGAGCUGGAGGAGACGCUUUGUGACAUGGGCCUCAGCAGCUUUGGCAUCUCUGACACGUCACUAGAGGAGAUCUUCAUAAAGGUCACUUCAGACGGAGAAGCAGCGAAUAAUGCCACCACUCCUGAACAUAAUGGUGUGAUGCAGACCAAUGGCAUUACCCAUGGUGCAUCAGACAGCAGUGCAGGAAGAGGCUCCAGGCAGGUGAAAGGGACCUCGCUGAUCCUGAAGCAGUUCCAUGCACUGCUAGUGAAGAGGUUCAACCACGCUAUAAGAAGCCAGAAAGACUUCCUGGCACAGAUCGUCCUUCCUGCCAGUUUUGUCCUAAUAGCUCUGAUCUUCACUGUGAUCGUUCCGCCCUUCGGAGAGUAUCCAAGUCUGACUCUGAGCCCCUGGAUGUACGGACAACAGUUCACUUUCUUCAGUAAUGAGCAACCAUAUGAUCCCAGCAUGAAACGCUUCACAGAGCGCUUACUGAACAGACCAGGCCUGGGGACACGCUGCAUGGAAGGAGAACCACUAGGAAUGCCCUGCACUAACAGCACAACGGAGUGGGAAUAUCCUGAUGUCUCUCCCGUCGUCAGCAACAUCCUACAGAGUCCAGAAUGGAACCAGAGAAACCCGUCUCCUUCCUGCCAGUGCAGCACCAGUAAGAAGCUCACCAUGAUGCCCAUCUGUCCCAUCGGAGCGGGAGGCCUGCCCCCUCGCCAACGAAUCGAGGCUACAGGAGACACGAUGUUGGACCUAACAGACAGGAACAUCUCUGACUACCUGGUGAAAACCUACCCCAGUCUCAUCAGAACCAGUUUGAAGAGCAAAUACUGGGUGAAUGAACAAAGAUAUGGCGGUCUCUCAGUCGGAGGACAGCUUCCCAUCCUUGACGUCAACCCUAAAGACAUCCAGAAUGUUUUCCAUCAACUUGGACAAAUGCUCAACAUAACAGCGGGUUACUAUUCUCGACUUGCGCUGAGGGAGAUUGGUCCUUUCUUACGGUACAUGGAAAGUGAAUUUAAUAUAAAGGUAUGGUAUAAUAACAAAGGCUGGCAUGCCAUGGUGGCCUUCAUGAACGUGGCCAAUAACGCUAUUCUGAGGGCCUUCCUCCCUCCAUCCGCCAAGCCUCUCGAAUUUGGCAUCACCGCCAUCAACCACCCUCUGAACCUCACCAAAGAGCAGCUCUCUGAAGUCACAGUGCUGACCACUUCAGUAGACGCCGUGGUGGCGAUCUGUGUUAUUUUCGCCAUGUCCUUCAUCCCUGCCAGCUUCGUCCUCUACCUCAUCCAGGAGCGUGUGACCAAGGCCAAGCACCUGCAGUUUGUCAGUGGGGUCAGCCCUCUAGUGUACUGGGUGGCCAACUUCUUCUGGGACAUGGUGAACUACUCUCUCAGCACUGCGAUGGUGGUCGGCAUUUUCAUGGCUUUUGACAAAAAGUGUUACACAUCACCGUCCAACCUGCCAGCACUAAUAACUCUGCUCCUGCUGUAUGGGUGGUCAGUGACCCCCAUGAUGUACCCCAUGUCCUACGUGUUCAGCAUCCCAAGUACUGCAUAUGUGUCCCUGUCCUGCAUCAACCUGUUCAUAGGCAUCAACACCAGCGCCAUCACCUUCAUCCUGGAGCUUUUUGAAAACAAUCGGUCUUUGCUGAUGUUCAAUGAGUGGCUAAAGAAAGGGCUGCUGGUGCUCCCUCACUUCUGCCUGGGGCGAGGACUGAUAGACAUGGCCAUGAACCAGGCUGUUACCGAUGUUUAUGCCAGAUUUGGUGAAGAGUACACACAGGACCCUUUCCGAUGGGACUUUGUGGGGAAAAAUAUUGCUUUCAUGGCAGCAGAAGGCUUUGUCUACUUUAUUCUCAAUCUUCUGAUCCAGUAUCGGUUCUUCCUGGACCGCUGGUUAUCAGACUACAAGCAGACUUCUAAACGAGAUGAGGAUGAUGACGUGGCAGCAGAGAGGCAGAGAAUUUAUGAUGGAGGGAGCAAGACGGACAUCCUGCAGAUCAGGGACCUCUCUAAGACGUAUGUGGGCAGGAAGAGGGCAGCUGUGGACCGGAUUUGUGUGGGUGUCCCUGCAGGAGAGUGCUUUGGUCUUUUGGGAGUUAAUGGAGCUGGAAAGACGACGACCUUCAAAAUGCUGACGGGUGACACUGAUGUCAGCUCCGGGGAGGCCACUGUGGCUGGUUACAGCAUCCUGACAGAGAUUCUGGACGUGCACCAGAACAUGGGCUACUGCCCUCAGUUUGACGCCAUCGAUGAGCUCCUAACUGGCAGGGAGCAUCUGUACCUCUACGCUCGUCUCAGAGGGGUACCUGAGUCAGAGAUCCCCAGGGUGGCAGAGUGGGGCAUCCAGAAGCUGGGUCUGACAGAGUACGCCGGCCGCUGUGCGGGGACCUACAGUGGAGGCAACAAGCGCAAACUCUCCACAGCCAUCGCAAUGAUUGGCUGCCCAGCGCUGGUGCUGCUGGACGAGCCCACGACGGGGAUGGACCCUCAUUCUCGACGCUUCCUGUGGAACGCCAUCAUGAGUGUCAUCCAGGACGGCAGGGCGGUGGUGCUCACAUCACACAGUAUGGAGGAGUGUGAGGCCCUCUGCACUCGACUGGCCAUCAUGGUCAAUGGGACCUUCAAGUGUCUGGGUACCAUCCAGCAUCUCAAAUACAAAUUUGGUGACGGCUACGUAGUGACCAUGAAAAUCAAGGCAGCUAAAGCGGGCUUGUCCCCAGAUCUGGAGCCUGUGGUGAGCUUCAUCGAGAGCAGCUUCCCCGGCUGCGUCCAGAGGGAGAAGCACUACAACACGCUGCAGUACGAGAUCGCCUCCUCCUCCCUGGCCAGGAUAUUUCAGCUGGUGGUGGCCAAUAGAGAACGGCUCAGCAUCGAAGACUACUCUGUUUCCCAGACAACACUGGACCAGGUGUUUGUCAACUUUGCCAAGCAGCAGACAGGAGAGGACGAGGACAUUACGUUACACAGACGAACAGCAGGUGGAAGAAAAGACAUCAAGAUCUCGCCCGUGCAGAGAAAAACAUGAACUAGUCGCCAGAAAAUGUACAGAAAGAUGUACUGCAAAAGUGUUCCUCUGCAGGGCAGUGAUCUAACUUUUCCACAUUCUACAUUUCAAAAGCCACUUUUAAUAUUUCACUAGCCAAAUUGCUUUUUAGAGUAGAGACAAGCUCGGCCAGUUAACCUGCCAAAGUGACUGUAGAACAGAUCAUUUUUCAAGCCACAGACAAAGAAACGAUGCUAAUCCUUCACGAUACUGUCAAAAAACAAGUAUGACUGACAUUUUCUUCAUCAAAAAUAUGAAAAAAGAUAUUUUUGCUUAGAUUGACCGGCUUGAAAAAAAUUGUACAUAUUCUGUGUGUAACAAAUACUUCAGCACCUUAGACGCAGUAUCUUUUUUAAUGUUUACAUUAACGCACACACCUCAAUUUUAUGUGACACAUGUAAACAAAUGUCAUGUAUUUUUUUUCCAAAACGGAUUUACUAUUGCUUCCUUUCUUUUCAGUCGUUCACUCUUGUAUAUUUAAGUAUUUGUCUGCUGUGUUUCAUACAUUGCCAUUUUCUGUUGUUCUCCAGAGUCAGAGCAAAAUAGCACAAACUUUUCAUCUUUAAAGGCCCUGACACACCAAGACAACCGUCAGCCGUCGGUCAAUGGCACCAUUGGCCCUCGUCAGCACUAGUCUUCGUUUUUUUCUGCCUUUUUCCAGCAUGUUGAAUAGGCAUCAGCAAUGAAAACAGCAGCAGCAGAGCCCAUUAGUAAAUAAAAUGACUCUGAUUGGCAGUUCAGCUCAGCGCGCAAGAAGAGAAACGAAAGUGAGGAAAGUAAACAAAGGGCCAAAGUGAAGAGGGGUUGAGGUUGAAACAAACUUGUUAUAAAAGGUAAGGUUGUUUUUCUUUAGCCGUUAAGCUCUUUGGUUGAUGGUUUGUGUGGUUGUUCGCUGGUGAAUGGUAAAUAUGGUUUGUUCUUUCAACACUGGAUUGUGUUGUUAAUGCUCUAAUUAGUUAACUAACGCCGAGAUGGUCUUCCAGUUUCCCUUAUUGAAUGGAGAUUACAGACAACUGCUGUCUGCUGGUCUGAAGGGGUAUUUCUUUAGACGCAGGUGAAAAACAUACAUGCUUGUUGGCCGUCAGCUGUAGUCUUUGCAGUGUGUUUAUGUUUUUGGCUCAAAUGCGACAACGCGAGGCAACACAGCCGUCAUCACUGCUAGUGCUCGAAAGUCGGUUUGGUGUGUCAGGGCCUUAAGAAUUCAAUUUAAGAAAAAAAGCAAUCCGAUAAAUUUAGCUGUAGAUGAAGAGGUAUUAUAUUUUGUAUCUGACCAAAUAAAACUUUAACAUGCUUUAUACUUUAUGCUCUUCACAAGCUGAUUUGUACUGCCUCAUCAGUCACAAAUAAA